CCAAACAACUUUCGCCGUUAUUUUCAGGCUCCCAAUCAGCAAUCCAAGAUGGCCCGCACCAAGCAGACUGCCCGCAAGUCCACCGGUGGCAAGGCGCCCCGUAAGCAGCUGGCCACCAAGGCCGCUCGUAAGACCCCCGCCACCGGCGGUGUGAAGAAGCCUCACCGCUACCGCCCCGGUACCGUGGCGCUGCGCGAGAUUCGCAAGUACCAGAAGUCGACUGAGCUGCUGAUCCGCAAGCUGCCGUUCCAGCGCCUGGUCCGUGAGAUUGCCCAGGACUUCAAGACCGACCUGCGCUUCCAGAGCCAGGCCGUGCUGGCGCUGCAGGAGGCUGCUGAGGCUUACCUGGUGGGCCUGUUCGAGGACACCAACCUGUGCGCCAUCCACGCCAAGCGUGUGACCAUCAUGCCCAAGGACAUCCAGCUGGCCCGCCGCAUCCGUGGCGAGCGCGCUUAAGCGCAUCGCUGGCUGCUGUUGCCUAGGCGCCCAGACGUGUGCCAUCUCGAGUGCACGCCUGCAAUCAAACUCGGUGUUUCUCAACACCACCCUUUGAGCCGGAUUAUACAAUUAACAGGGGCCGAGGUCAGAAACCUGGGGCGCGGUGAGGGGCCUUGGGACUGGCUUGCAUACUGCUUUCGGGGGAGGGGGUGGGUCGUCCUGUAGCUAGUGGACGCCCGACAGUUUGUGCACGAGCCUGGGCCAGGGCAGGGACCGGGUGAGCUCCUGAGGUGUGUUCUUGUGCGCAGGUUAGCUCAACACCCUCAACCCGGAGGCGAAUUCUUCCAGUAUGAACACGAGGCGCUAUUGUUGUGUGUAUUUACAAAGGUGGUGAGCACGGCGUGCAUUCCUGUCCCUGUAGAAACCGAGGCCCGGGCCGGGGGGGCCUUAUAACGCCUGCGGCACUUAUAUAUGCAGCUAGUUUGGUCCCCGAAUGGGGUGCUUUUGCACCUGUGCGCCCAAAUGGAAUCUAGUAACGCGGCUAACCUGGCUGGGUCCGUAUCCUGCAUAACGGCCCGCGGCCCGCAUCCCUCCUGUAAAAUCGAUCCUGC